AUGAGCCAUCAAUUGAACGACCAAAUCGAAGAGGCUAAACGCCUGCUUGGAGAGAACAACGCCGACGGGGCUUUGCGGGUUUUGAAGCCAUACAGAAAGUCAUUGAAGAGCACAAACUCAUCGCACAUCGAAUUGCAUCAAGCAUUUGUAGAGGCUUAUCUCGAAAAUGGACAGCUAGAAAGGGCUUAUCCACUGCUGGUGAAGGCCUGUGAGCUAGAUCCACAGGGCCAGAUCGGUGGGAGCGAUAAAUUCUUCACGUUGGGCCAAAUUGCAGGAGGAAGUGACGGUCUCGCUUUAAUCACACAGGGCAUUGAAAACCUGUCGGGACAGGCUGGUGAUUACUUGAAACAGGAACAGGCGGAGAAGAUCGUGGCAGGGCUGCUGUCAAUGGUGGAAAUCUGGAUGACUGACCUGUGCAUGGAGCCUGGAGCUGAAGCACAGUGUGAAGAGCUUGUCAGCAAGGCGAUGGAAGUGUCAGAAGAGAAGUCACCUGAAGCCUGGGCCGCACUGGGCUCGAUGCGUAUCUCGCAGCAGCGGUUUCCUGAGGCCGCAGAGGCGUUUGGACGCUCAUGGCACUUUUUCCAGGCCAAGAAAUCCGCAUUCGAAAGCGAAGUCCAGCAGGGCUCCGGCAACACACACACAGAGUUCGCAAACAUGCUCCAACCGCUACUGAAUCUCGCAAAAAUGUGCAUUGAAAUGGGACUCUACGAGUGGGCCUUAGAGAUUGAGGCAGCCGUCAAAGACAUAGACGAGGACAAUUUGGAAAGUCUGUAUCUAGAGGCUUUCACGCAUUACUUGACUUGCAAACUAGAGCUUUUCAAGCUUCAGAAUCCCCAGGUCGAGGUCAACCCUGGAAAUGUUUACGAAUUCAACCAGCACUUUCAAGAGCUGCCCUUUGUGAACGCGAAUGAAUUGAUACAAGAACACGGCCAGGAAGCGCGCCUGAUAUUGACGUACAUGGUCAAAUUAGCCGAAAACGGCGAUCAGAACGACGAAGUAGUGAAAGAGUUGGUCAGUGGGGCAAUGGAAGUUUUGUCAGAAUUGGGAGGCCCUGCCGAUAUUAAGGACGUUAUUCGCUACAGAAAGGGCGAAGAAAUCGGCGACGAGGAGGAAAUCGAAAUCGACAUCGAAGGCUGCAAUCAGGCGUAA